AUGGCUACGCCCAACAGCGUUCCAGGUGGCCAUACGUUCGACAACAUUAUCAAUUUCCGUGACCUCGGAACCUUCAUCAACCACACCACUAGCCGGGAUAUCCUGAAACCAGGCCUUUUAUACAGGAGUGCAAGACCAGACGCAGCAUCCAACCACGACCGAGAAGUUCUUCUUGACGAAAUCAAACUGAAAACCAUCAUCGACCUACGAACCAAAACCGAACACAGCGAGGCUAAGGGCAAAUUCGCCGCGAGACAGAAAUCCGGCCCUCCUGGACCACCUACAGCGGGCGAGACGGCCGCUCUGCCUUCACUGAAUCCUGACCCCGGGGUGGAUAGCAGCGACCAUGCUGUGCCCGCCACCUUAAGGAUAGAAGGGAUCAAGUACGUCGAUGUCGAUCUGAACGGAAAGCCCUACAGCAACGCCCUCCUCAAACAACUCAGCUGGCGACAGCGAGCAAAGCUCUACUCCCUCUACGUCCUCGGCUACCACAAAGAAGCCAUCUCCAUUCUCGGCACGAACGUGCUGGCCGCUCGAGGCCUCUCAGGUCUAGCGGAGGACAGCCUCGAGCACUGCGGUGGCGAGGUGAAAGCGCUCUUCGAUCUGCUGAGUGACGAGAAAUGCUAUCCGCUCUUGGCCCAUUGUACGCAGGGCAAGGACCGAACCGGGCUGACGGUGUUGUUGGUGUUGAUGUUGUGUGAUGUGCCGCUCGAGGCGAUCGAUCGAGACUAUAUGCUCAGUGAGAAGGAACUUCUGCCUGAGCGGCAGGAUAAGGUCAAGGAGAUUGCUUCGAUUGGGCUACCAGAGAGUUUUGCUGAUUGUGAGGAGGGGUGGGCGGGGAGGGUGUGUGGUUGGGUGGAGGAGAAGUAUGGUGGGAUUGGGAAGUAUCUUGAGAGGUGUGGGGUGCGGGCUGAGCAACAGGAGAGGGUUAGGAUGUUGCUGAUGGUUUAG